UUGACAUCAGCGAUGCGAAAAUGCGGCACCUAGACAAGUCGAGAGUCCAAGUCCGUGGUCGACAUAGAGCGCGACCGUGGGAACUGCUGCGAUCGGUCAGCAAUGAUGCGGAGCCCGGCCAAGUCUCUGGGCAGCCAAAGCCCUAUCGACGGCCGGCGGAAGAGCUGGGGAGAUAGCUGCGACGUCGCCUCCGGGAGUUCUGGCUCCUCGGUAACCACCUCUUCCUCCUCAAGUCGCAACCCCCUUUCGAUCGCCGCAAGGGCAAUCUCCUCGUGCUUCGUUACGCCUAAGGACCGAUCUCCGCCUUCGUCGGACAACUUCUCGGAAGAUAAUAAGACGCCUUCUCAUCCUUCAGCUACCACGCAAGAAAGCUUCCCGGCGAGCUCACAAGGUGGCAUGCGGCAGGGCAUGGGAAUACAUGGUGGCGGAAGAAGUGAACCGAGUGUUAUGAGGUUCACAAUGUCAGACAUAACGAAAGCAACAAAAAACUUCUCCCCUUCCUUAAAGAUUGGGCAAGGUGGCUCCGGGACAGUCUACAAAGCAAAGCUUGGAGAUGGCACAGUGGUCGCAAUUAAACGUCUCAAAAAGAAUGGCUAUCAAAGCCAUCUAAGAACUGAAUUCCACAAUGAGAUUCAGACGCUGGCACAGAUUGAGCAUCAAAAUUUGGUCAGGUUGCAUGGGUUUCUGGAGGACCAGGACGAGAGAAUCAUUGUUGUUGAAUAUGUUACAAAUGGAACUCUUCGAGAACAUCUUGAUUGUCAGCGAGGAAAAGUCCUGGAACUUUCAUCACGUCUGGAUGUUGCAAUUGAUGUGGCUCAUGCUAUCACAUACCUCCAUAUGUAUUCAGAUAAUCCUAUAAUUCACAGAGAUAUAAAAUCAUCCAAUAUCCUUCUGACCAAUAACCUACGUGCAAAGGUUGCUGAUUUUGGAUUUGCCCGACUUUUUGCAACGGAAUCUGAUGCCACUCAUAUAUCAACCCAAGUAAAAGGGACUGCUGGCUAUUUGGACCCAGAAUAUCUCAGAACUUACCAACUUACAGUGAAGAGCGAUGUGUAUUCAUUUGGUGUAUUGCUGAUUGAAUUAGUCUCUGGGAGACGCCCUAUAGAAGCCAAGAAGGAGCUCAUGGAACGGGUAACAAUAAAAUGGGCUAUAAAGAAAUUCACUGAAGGAAACAGCAUACAGAUUCUAGACCCAAAUCUUCAGUCAGGUAUGGCAACUAAUUUUGCCUUGGAGAAGAUCCUUGAACUCGCGUUGUUGUGCUUGGCUCCGACCAAGAGGAGUCGACCUAUCAUGCAGGAGUGCGCAAAAAUCCUAUGGACAAUAAGAAAAGAAUACUGGGAGUUGUCAGAUUCUCACUUCAAUCCUGUUUAAAGAAUUAAUUUUUCAUGUAUUGUAAUAUGAGAAUCAAGAUCAGAUUAUAUAAAAAGUUCUUAUGUUCAUAUAAUUUGAUUCUGAA